AUGGGUCGGGCGUUUACGAACAGUCGUGGCGCUAAGCGGACAGAACCAGCUGGGAGGGAAAGGGGAGGGGAAUACGCGUUAGAGGAGAUUCGCUAUGCUGCAUUCACGGCGGAUGGCAGCUACGUGGCAGUGGCCACGUCAGCAGGUUUCAAGAUAUUCCGCUGUGCUGACGUGGCGCAGCCCGUGGUGAGCCACCUGGGCGUGGGCCCGAUAAAGAUCGCGGAGCUCACUCUCAUCGCGCCACGUGGCGCACCACCAUUAAUCGCAUUCGUUGGCACUGGAGACACGCCGCACCUGUCGCCUCGAGAGCUGCAUCUAGCUUCCGUCGCCCAUCCAGCUUUCCCACCUCCUCCAUCCACCUCCCCUACUUCUUUAUCUCCCUCCUCUCCCACCCUUCUCGGCACCCUCUCCUUCCUCACCAUCAUCACUGCAGUCCGUCUCAACCACUCUAGUCCGUCUCAACCACUCCAGGUGAGCUUUGAGGGAACGGUUGAGAUGAGUCAUCUUUUCUCCUCAUUUCCCUCUGUCCCCACUGCCUUGCCCUCCUCCCUCACCCCCCUCGGCACCCUCUCCUUCCUCACCAUCAUCACUGCAGUCCGUCUCAACCACUCUAGUCCGUCUCAACCACUCCAGGUGAGCUUUGAGGGAACGGUUGAGAUGAGUCAUCUUUUCUCCUCAUUUCCCUCUGUCCCCACUGCCUUGCCCUCCUCCCUCACCCCCCUCGGCACCCUCUCCUUCCUCACCAUCAUCACUGCAGUCCGUCUCAACCACUCUAGGCUAUCACUGCAUGACGUCACUCCCCAGGGUGUUGCUGCCGGCUUCCCUCUGCUGCUCUCCCUCACUGUCGCUCCAAACCCCAACGGAGUCUGUGCCCUGAGCCCGCUCUCUCCUCGCCCUCUCUCCCCCUCGUCCUGCUUCUGCGCCGUCCCUGCUGCUGCUGCUGCUGCUGCUGCUGCUGCUGCUGCUGCUGCUGCUGCUGCUGCUGCUGCUGCUGCUGCUGCUGCUGCUGCUGCUGCUGCUGCUGCUGCUGCUGCUGCUGCUUCUCUUGACAUUCAACCCAUUGCCAGUUUUCUCCCUCUCCCCUCUCCCCAUUCCCUCCUUGCCCUCCCCUGUCUCUCCCAGGCAUUGUGCCCUGAGCCCGCUCUCUCCCCGCCCCCUCUCCCCUUCCCUUUUGUAUGUGCCGUGCAUCUAUACCCUGAGCCCGCUCUCUCCUCGCCCCCUAUCCCCUUCCUAUUUGCAUGUGAGCCUGUUGCUUCUGCCCGUUCUCGCCCCUCUCUCUUUUCAAUGCCCCGUUCUUGCCUCCUCCUCCCCUUCCUCCUCAUCGGCUCAACGCACGCUGCUGCCAGUCGAUCUCAUCUCUCCACACGCCUUUGGACAGGUGAGCCUGUUGAGGCGCAUCAAAAGCCGCCUCCUCCUCCUCCUCAUCAGCUCAAGGCACGCUGCUGCCAGUCGAUCUCAUCUCUCUCCAGGCCUUCGGGCAGAAGAGGCGCCUACCCUGCUUCUAUCUUCUCCCUCACCUUCUCCCUGCCAGGAUCCCUCCCUCCCUCUCUUGCUCUCACCAGCAGCACCGGCACUGCCCAUAUAUUUCACCUCCCCCUCUCCGCCUUCUCUCACGCCUCCCCUCACUCCUCUCGUUCCUCCCAACACUCCUCCUCUCACUCCUCACAAUCCAACUCCAGUUCCUCCUCCUCCUCCUUUGCAUCUGAUCUUGUCGGGAGCUCUGCUGGUAGAAGGCACAGCGAUGUGACUGUGCACCACGUGACUGCAGCGGGGGAAGAGAGGUGA